GUUGGAUUUAUACUAAGGUUCCUUUUUGAACCCUUUCCUAUCAUAAUUUAUCAACCGUCAUGCAACCAUUCGUCUACAAUGCUCUCCCAGCCCGUGUGAUAUUCGGUUGGGAUACUUCAGAACAGGUCGCAGAUGAGGUUUUACGGCUUGGUUGUAAACGAGCAAUUGUUCUAACAACCGCACAACAAGUUUCUUCUGGUCAGAAAGUCUUGAAAGAUUUGGGGGAUCUUGGUGUGGGUAUUUAUAGUAACGCAACAAUGCAUACUCCAAUUCAUAUCACCUUGGACGCUUUAAAGGUGGCACAAGAACUACAGGCAGAUGUUUGCGUAGCCGUUGGAGGAGGAUCAACAAUCGGACUUGGAAAAGCGCUCGCUUUGCAUUCAUCAAAUGAGAAAAAGUUAAAACAGAUUGCUAUUCCAACAACGUAUGCAGGAUCGGAAGCAACUCCUAUCAUAGGCCAAACAGAAAUCGACAAAGAAGCAAAGUCGCUUAAAACGACUCAAAGGACAUUAAACGUUUUGCCGGAUGUCAUAAUUUACGACAUUAAUUUGACUCUUACCCUUCCUACUCAAAUGACGACCACGUCAGGCUUGAAUGCAAUCGCACAUGCUGUUGAAGCUUUAUGGGCUCCUGAAGCAAAUCCGAUCAUUUCAAAUCUUGCGCUUCAAGGUAUCAAAGCGAUCAGUCAAAGCUUUCCAUUGAUUCGCAAAGAUCCGAAAGAUCCAAAAGGUAGAAGUAACGCACUGUUUGGUGCUUGGAGUUGUGGUACUUGUUUAGGUGCUGUAGGAAUGAGCUUACAUCAUAAAUUGUGUCAUACCCUCGGUGGCACAUUUGGUAUGCCACAUGCCGAAACUCAUGCGAUUAUCUUACCCCACGCAGUUGCAUAUAAUGCUCCUUUUGCAACGGAUGAGGUUGAAGAGAUCAGAAUUGCUCUAAAUCUGCAACAAGGAAUUUCAGCAGCCCAAGGUCUAUUUGAUGUUUUGGAAAACAACAAUAUACCUUGUAGUCUCAAAGAGUUGGGUUUCAAGCAAGAAGAUUUACGAAGAGCAGCCGAAAUUGCCGUAAGGUCGCCUUACCCUAAUCCUGCUCCUUUGGAAGAGGAAAAGAUAUUCCACCUUCUUUCCAAUGCCUACCAUGGUAUUCGGCCUGCUAUUUAAUUUACUCUUCUCCAGACUAUAGAACCAUUCUCACUCCAGGAUAUCACCCAUAUUUCACUCCUCACGCACA